UUUUAUCUUUUGCCUCCCGGAGCUCCAAUCCAAAAAGAAUCAGCAGCCGGUCCCGUGCCAGUCCGUAAUGGGAAGGCGCUCGGGCCACAGGAACGAUCCCCCGCUAAUCCCAAACCAGACUGGUGGGAUCGGGGAAACCGCCAGGCGACGAGGUGUCGAGGUGUCGAGGCUGGCCAGACAGGCGCUCAGGCCAAGUUCAGGCCAGGUUCAGGCAGUCUCAGGUGUGAAGUUGCCAUGGAGACUCCCGACGCCAAAAUGUCAACAGCGUCAAGCUGCGAUUCCCAGCUUCAGCCGGUUUGCGAACGGCUUCGAACUACUUAUUAGUCAACUUGUCAACACUGUCUGUUCGGGUGUUUCUGUUUAUUCCUUCUCCCGUCACCUUCACUCUCACCCCCUUCCGUCUUCUUGUUCUUACUUCAUCCUCGUUGGUCCGGUGGUGGAUGGUGUGUUGGUUGUCUUCUUUGCAAUUGUCUAUCCUGUCCAGCGUGCCGUCAUUGUUGCACAUCGCCCAUUUUCACCAUAUCGGUUGCCCUGUUCUGCCUACGAUCAGCAUCCCUUCGUUUGUCGGACCAAUUUUUUUUCGCAGUAGUUUCUUAUCAAAAGUAAAGAAAGAACCUGACGAAUCGGCUCUCUUUCGCAUGAUCGCCAUUUUGUGACGCAUCUCAUUUUCCCCAUCUUGUUACGAUUCCCAUGAGCUGCUGCUUAACGUCCGAGUGAAUUUUAAUCCAAGCGACUCAAUUAUUGUCCGCGUUCUGUUCUUC